GGUGGGAAGGGUAAGUCCCCUUCCUGUCCUGCAGCCUUUCUUUUCCCGGGGAGAAACUGCCUUUUGUACGCCUGCUCCGCAUCGAGAGGAGGCGGGCGGCGCGUCGGUUCCCGGGAGAAAGUUGCGCUUGCGAGAGAGGCUUGGCGGGGGAGGAGGUGGCACACAGCCAGGAAGAAGCGAUGGCAGACUGUAACUUGCUAGGACUGGGACCAAGAGGAAAGCAGGCUGAAAGAGACCCCCGUGACUCCCAAGGGCCCCCCACCAAGGAGAUUUCGACUGGGGCAGCUUCCCCACAGAACGUGUCUGAGGGGCUGCGACAGCAUCAGGAGACUCAGGAACAGCAAAAGGGCUCAAAGUCGGCACCGUCUCCUUACUCCGUGUGGAGGCCGUCACGGUUAUUUGAACCCGUGUCCACGGAGGAGAGGAAGGAAUUUAAGGCCACCUACCGAGCAAGGAAAGACGGCGGCCAGCUGUCCAGAGGAGGGUCCGCCAUUGCGAUGCAGACCUUGCCCGUUCUUGGCCGGGGAGCGCGAGAAGAGGCCUACGAAGGCUUGGAAGUUUCCAGGGCGUUGAAAGGACCGAUUCCAGAUGAGGACGAUGCUGACUGCUUGGAGAUCCACCGCCAGCACUUCCGCCAUUUCUGCUAUCAGGAGAUCGAGGGGCCCCGGAGGGUCCUGAGCCAGCUCCGUGAACUCUGCCGCCAGUGGCUCAUGCCGGAGAGGCACACCAAAGAGCAGAUCGUGGACCUGGUGAUCCUGGAGCAGUUCCUGACCAUCCUGCCCUUGGAGAUGCAGAUCUGGGUCUGCAAAGGUGGCCCGGCCACUUGCACCCAGGCGCUGGCCCUGGCCGAAAGCUUCCUCUUGAAGCUGCAAGAGGCUGAGAGUCACGAACAAAAGGUGUCCGGACUAGUGGAAGAGGCAUUUGUUAAUUCACCAACAUCAGAGCAGGAUCCGUUGGAGACCGUGGAGAUGCAGCUCUCUACAGAGAACGAAGAGGAGGACGAGGACGAUGAUGAUGAGGAGGAGGAGGAGGAAGAAGAGGAGGAGGCCAUUUUGCUGGAACAUGAAGAGCAUGGGCAGGAGAACCUGGAGAAGGAGGAAUCGCUUCUGGAGAAACCCAGGCUUACCGAGUGGGGGCUGGCGCUGGACCGAGGCAGUAAAGGGGCCUACCACCUCCAAGGUCCUGACAUGGAAGCAAUUCUCGGGAAUGGCCGGGAAAACGUCCCCGGGAAGGCUUCGAAGCAAGCCGAGAGCGACAAAGGCUUGCGGGAGAGGAGCCUCCAAGAGGAAGUUCUCCGGCAGAAGAGGACGAAGGCAGGCUCCGAAAACGGCCUGCGCCUCAGCUUCCUGAAGAACCAGAAGACCCAAACGGUGGACAAGCCGCGCCGAUGCCCGUCCUGCGGGGAGCGCUCUCACAAGAGGUCGUGCUUGGCCAUGCGCGAGAGAGCCCCCAGCGGGGAGCAAGCCCGCAAAUGCCCGCAGCGUGGCAGGGAGCAGCCCCACAAGUGCCUCUCCACGCUGCGGCGCGACGAAGGCCUCCGCGAGAGCCAGGAGGGGAUCUGCCGGUGGAAGACCAAGAAGCGAGGGGGCGCAGGCGGUGACUGGCGGCAGCAGUUCCACCACCUGAGCGCCGACAGCUGGCGGGCGCAGAAGGGAGAGAAGGCAGCGAAAGGCUCUGCGUGCAGCGUUGAGAGGGUCCCCUGGCGCGCGGCCUUCCCGAACCGCGAGCGGGCCGAGCAAGUGGGGAAGCCGCACCAGUGCUUUGAGUGCGGCAAGAGCUUCAGCCAGAAGGGGAACCUCAACAUCCACAAGAAGACGCACACGGGCGAGAAGCCGUACCCCUGCUCCGAGUGCGGGAAGUGCUUUGUGACGAACUCUCGGCUGCUUACGCACAAACGGGUGCACACGGGCGAGAAGCCGUACAACUGCUCGUACUGCGGCAACAACUUCAGCCAGCUGGCGCACCUCGUGCAACACCAGCGCAGGCACACGGGGGAGAAGCCCUACAGCUGCCCCUACUGCGGCAAAAGCUUCAGCGUCAAGGCCAACCUCAUCACCCACCAGCGCACCCACACGGGGGAGAAGCCCUACGAGUGCUCCGAGUGCCCCAAAAGCUUCGUUUCCAGCUCCGACCUUAAGAAACAUAAACGGGUACACACGGGCCAGAGGCCAUACAUCUGCUCCGAGUGCGGGAAAAGCUUCGGCUGGAGAACAAACCUUGUUAAACACAAGAGAAUCCACACGGGGGAGAAGCCGUACAAAUGCCCAAGUUGUGGCAAAAGCUUCAAUGCAAAAUCCACCCUAAUCAAGCACGAGCGUUCGCACACGGGGGAGAAGCCGUACGAGUGCACAGAGUGCGGAAAAGCCUUUGGCGAAAAGGGGAUACUUGUUAAGCACCUGAGAAUCCACACGGGAGAAAAGCCCCACAAAUGUUCAGACUGCGGCAAGAGCUUUAUCGAGAGGGGCGCCCUCAUUAAACACGAGAGGACCCACACGGGAGAGAAGCCCUAUGAAUGUCCCGACUGCGGGAAAACCUUCCGGAUCAGCUGCCACCUUAAACUCCACAAGAGGACGCACACCGGCGAGAAGCCGCACAAGUGCUCCGAUUGUGGCAAAGGCUUUAGCGAGAGAGCCUCUCUGGUGAAACAUGAGAGGACCCACACGGGAGAGAAGCCAUAUGAGUGCUCCGAGUGCGGGAAAAGUUUCCGGAUCAGCUUCCAGCUCGUGAUUCACAAAAGGACCCACACGGGCGAGAAACCGCAUGAGUGCUCUGACUGCGGCAACAGCUUCAGGGAGAUCGCCUCCCUUAUCAAACACAAGAGAACGCACACGGGAGAGAAGCCUUACGAGUGCACCGAGUGCGGGAAGAGCUUCAGGACCAGCUUCCAGCUGAAGACCCAUAGAAGGACGCACACAGGAGAGAAGCCGUAUCACUGCCUGGACUGCGGGCAAAGCUUCAGCCAGAGAUCGCGCCUUGUCAUACACGAGAGGACCCACACCGGGGAGAGACCGUACAGCUGUUCCGAGUGCGGGAAGAGCUUCGUCUCCAGCUCUCACCUUCGGAAACACACCAUUGUGCACACAGGAGAGAAGCCCCACCAAUGCUCGUACUGUGAAAAAAGCUUCAGUAAGAAAUCCAACCUUGUUGUGCAUGAGAGGAUCCACACGGGAGAAAAGCCGUACGAGUGCUUGGUGUGCGAGAAAAGGUUUUGUAGCUCCUCUGUUUUUCAUAGGCACAUGAAAAUCCACCCGGGAGAGGCAUCCUAGGGAUAUUCACAUCCUAGGGAAGAGUUUGGCAUACGAUCCAGAGAACUGAGGGGAACAUAAUGUAAUGUCACUGGAAUGGGGUGACAAUGGGAAGGGAAACAUGUUUCAGGAACUGUCUGAAUAGCCACCCAUGGAUUUGUUGUUGUUGUUGGUCUCUGUCUGUCUCGGCCACCUGCCUGUCUUGGAACCGUGGCCAUAGCUCAGUGGUAGAGUAUGUCUUGCAUGCAGAGGAACCAAGGUUCAUUCUCUGGUAUUUCCAGGUAGUUCUGGAAAUCUGUCUGAAUCCCUGGAAAGCUGCUGCCAGUCAGUGUGGACAAUACUAAGUUAGAUGGGCCAAUGGUGAGUGAUUAGUGCAAUAAUACAGCUUCCUCUGUACAUGAUGCAUUCUCUUUCCCCCCGUUAUGGAAUAAAUGUAUCUUUUGAGGAUGGCACGCGAACAGCCAACAUCGUCUUCCACAGAG